AUGACCUCCCUGAGGAUGCUGCUCCUGGCUGCCCUGCUCCUGGGAGCUCCUUGGCAGCACGCCCAAGCAGCUCGAGCCACCAAUGUGGGGAAGGAAUGCUGCCUUGAGUACUUCAAAGGUGCCAUUCCCCUCGGGAGGCUGAGGUGGUGGUACAGGACCUCAGAGGAGUGUCCCAAGGACGCCAUCGUGUUCAUAACUGUCCAGGGCAGGGCCAUCUGCUCAAACCCCAAGGAGACUCGCGUGAAGAAGGCUGUUAAGUAUCUGGAAAAAGUCCUGAGUUCCCAAGGCGCCCCUCGUCACACAUCUUGA